AUGCCGCAGCUGCGCGCUGCAAGUUCUUGUGGGAAGAAACAGGGCGAAAGUCCUCACAAAGUGAAUAACUUCCCACUGCGAAGAAUCGCUCAAGCCUUUGUCAUCGCCACCAAGACGAGGCUCGAUGUAUCUGGUGUGAAGAUUCCAGACCACAUCAACGACGAUUACUUCAGGCGAAAGAAGUUGUCUGGCAAGAAGGGAGAGAAUAUUUUCGCUGCUGGAAAGGUUGAAUAUCAGGUCACCGAGCAGAGGAAAACUGACCAGAAAGCCAUUGACAAACCUAUCCUGGCCGCUAUCAAGAAAAACCCUGAACAUAAAGCCCUCUUCGGUUAUUUAGGAUCGCGGUUCAUGUUGGGUAAGAGGCAGUAUCCUCACAAGAUGGUGUUCUGA